AUGACUAUCUCCAACCUGGUCUCUGUUCCAGAGCAGGACGUUAUCAUCGUCGGCGCAGGCUUUGGCGGCUGCUAUGCGUUGCACACUCUGCGCGAGCAUGGCUACUCGGCCAAAAUUCUCGAUGCAUGCGAAGACUUUGGCGGUGUUUGGCAUAUCAACAGAUAUCCCGGCGCGCGUGUGGAUUCUGAGACACCAACCUAUCAGUUUAGCACCCCAGCCGUCCGUGAUGCAUUCAACUUUUCCGAAAGGUAUCCCUCGAGCAUGGAGAUGCGCAAGUACUUUUUGCACAUGUCGACCGAACUUGACCUGCGCAAAGAUACCCUCUUCAACCAGAAAGUGAUUGACACCAAAUUUGAUGAGAAGAAAAAGAAAUGGGUGUUCAAGACGGAACAGGGUUUAACAGCCCAAUCUCGCUUCGCCGUCUUUGCGACAGGUUCCAGCAACAAGGCCUUUGUGCCCGAGUUCAAGAAUAAGUCAGUCUUCAAGGGCCAAGUCAUCCACCCCAAGGCAUGGCCUGACCACAUUGAUCUUACCGGCAAGAAGGUAGGCAUCAUCGGUCAAGGUGCCUCUGGCGUUCAGAUUGUGCAGGAGCUGGCCAAGACGGAGUGCGAGCUGACCGUCUUUGUGCGCACGCCGCCACACUGCCUACCCAUGGGCCAGCGCCGCAUCCCUGUCGACGACUCGGACCGCGAAAAGAGCUAUCUCGACGCCGUCUUUCAAUACGCCAAGUAUACUAGCACAACAGGCUACCAUUGGAACGCCAGCCCUGGUAUCCUCUACGAUAAGCAUACACCCGAGCAGAGACGCGCGCUGUGGGAGACGCUCUGGCGGCGCAAGGGCUUCGCCUUCCUAUCCGGCCUCAACUAUGCGGAUAUCCCUAGUAACGAGCAGGCAAACAGGGCCGCGUUCCGGUUUCUAGCCGAGAAGAACCGUGCACGCAUGACGGACGAGGCCAAAAAGAACAUCAUUGCUCCGCUGGACCUCGACGUUUUCCUCUUCACCCUGCGCCCGACUCUUGAGCAGGACUACUACGAGAUGAUUGACCGCCCUAACGUGCGGCUUGUGAGCCUCAAGACUUGCCCAAUUGCCGAGUUCGCCGAGAACGGCAUCAUUACCACUACCGCCGACGACCACCAGAAACAAACGCUGCAUGAGCUCGACGUUAUAAUCUCUGCUACCGGCUAUGACGCGGUGACGGGCGCCUUGUACGACAUGAAUAUCCGCGAUCGACACGGCGUGCUAUUGCAGGACAAGUGGCACAACGGCAUCUUCACGUAUCUGGGCAUGAUGGUACCGGACAUGCCUAACGCCUUCAUCUUCUAUGGGCCACAGGCGCCGACGUCGCUCGCCAACGGGCCGCCGUUUCUCGAGCUGCAGGCUGAGUUCCUGGUUCGACUGCUGGAACGGGCCAAAGCCGCUGGCAGAGCAGAGAUUGAGACGACGGACGUUGCGGCUCAGGACUGGCGCGUGAAGACCCGGGAGGUCUGGGAGAGGUUGCUCGCGCGACACUGCCAGAGCUGGUGGGUGGGAGCCAAUGUCCCCGGCAAGACGCGCGAACCGCAAAUCUGGUUUGGCGGUUUGGAGGCAUGGCGGCAGGCCUGCGACAAUGCACUGAAGCACUGGACAAACUUUGUGUAG